CCCUUCAAGAACACCUCCUCAUCUUCCCCUGUAUCUCUCACCGUCUCACCAUCACUGAAAACCCCCAGCUUCUUAGGAGAGAGCGGGACCUAUUCAUUCAGGAUCUGCCCUCCAGAUAACCAGAGCACCUCAGGCCCCAACCUGCCAGGAGUCGAGCUGCCCGGGGGCUUCACCCUCAUUCAGCUCCCAAAGCCUGCAGUGGGUGGAGCUGCAUCAGAAUCUGAGAACACCACAAACAGUGGAGUGAAUAAAGCCCUUUCGCAAAAAGAGAUUUUGUUAAAUUUGAUCAAAGGUCGGGGUUCACAUGCACCUUUGUCUUGUUUGGACGCCGUUACUGGAUCUAGGGAUCUAUUAAGGAGCAAAUUAGUGGAGCCUGAACCCCCAUAUGAGGUUCAUGCUCCACUAAUGGUGGAGAAAGAUUGUGCUGAGAAGAUUCCAAAAGAGGAGAGAGAGGAAAUCAGUCAGGUGGAUAAUGCUUCGGAUGACUCGGACAGCUCCGACACCUCAGACUACUGUGGGGAGGAUGACGCGGAAGUGGACAUUGAGACGGUAGAAGAAGCAGGACAGGGAAAGGCCAUCGCUGAAAUGAAAAAAGCUGUCCGCAAAGCACUUGCGAAGGAAUCAGGUGGUUUUAAUUUCUUCUCUACCUUCAGAGAUUCCAUGAUUCAUUUUGGACUAACGGAGAAAUCCCCUGCUCAGGAUAAAGCAGACGAGGAAGAAGAAGAUGAUAGUAAGGAUAAAAAGAGGCGAACUAACCAUACGGUGCUAGAAAGACAAAGACGCUGUGAGCAGCGCGACCUGUUCGACAAACUGUCGGCCAUCAUUAAGUGCGACCCCAGGGUCCCCAGGCUCCGCCUCCUCUCAAUGGCCCAACAAGAGAUCAAUCAUCUGGUUGAGGAGUCUAGAAGUCUGCAGGAGAAGAAGAUGAUGCUGAGUCGGAUGCAGUCUCUUUAUAUAAAGGAGCUUUCUGUGUUGUCCGGGAAGCCGGACAUGCUGAUCAAACAAAAGCUGAAUGAGAUCUGCGAGAGGCAAAAGAUUAGAGAUAAGAUGAAGGAAUUGCCUUACUUUUCCAAUCUCCUUCAGUCCAAAGCUGUCGAUCUGAGAACCUCUGGUCUAAACGAGGAGCUCCAGCCCAGACGCCGGGUACACCCUGACUUCCAGAAGCUUCCGCCUCAGGCUAACCCUCUUCAGAUUGCAGCGCACACGAAGAUUAUGUCCCUGCUUAAGCCCGACCUACAAAGCACUCCUGCUCAACCCAGUGAACUGAAAGUCAUACCUCAACAGGUACACUCACUACCAGCCGCUCCUCAGAAAAGUGAGGACCCUCUGCAGGUACUUGAGUCCCUGGCCCAGGUCUGUAACACUAAUCUCAAGUCCGAGUCCAAGUCCAAGUCCACACACGUGCCUACAUUUAGACCAAAAGAAAAACCUGCAGAGCCUCCAAAGCCCAUUGCUCUUCCUCUGAUUCGCUCCAAGACUGGCAGAAUCAUACUUCCCUCAUCUCUGAAACCACUUGGACAUGGCUUCUACACACUCACGGUCAUGCAACCCAGGCAGAAAGGAGAGGAAGAUGGAGUCAGCCCUUCAGCUGAUGUCCAACCUCCUAAAGUGGAGUCAUCAGAGAACCAAGACAAGAGCAUGUCUGAUCAUGAGCUCUUUAUAGAUGUCGAAAACAGUUGUGAUUUUGAGGACGACCAAACUGUACAACCCUCCAACUCUAAACCAAAGUCUUCAGGUCCAACGUCCGCCCCGGUGGAGCUCACCCUGCUUAAAUCAAUCUCUGUGCCUUCGGGGACUCCGCAAGCUGUGGAGAAAAGCCAGGAGGGGGGCCCAGCUGAGAGCGUGGACAAAACGCUGCAGACUGCCUGUUUGAGUUUUCAGCCAGUACACAUCAUUCCUUCCCCUGUCAUUCCUCCCGUAGUACGCCGAGGUAGAGGCAGGCCUCGAAAGAACUCCCUUCCCCCUUGUGGUGCUUUUUUACAAAAUGGUUUGCUAGAGGACGUUGGCGUAAAUCUGAGUAAAAGUGAAACAUCUAUUGGGGUUGAAGAGACACAAAGUGAAAAAAGGACUGUGACAUCGAGCGAGAUGCAAGCUGAUUACUCUCCAGGAGUUGUCAGUGACAACCCCCUACUGGUGAAACGAGGCAGAGGAAGGCCUCCGAAGAAAAAGACAAUACAGCUAUGGAGUCCUCCGGGUGUGAAAGCAGGAAGUAGUCCAUCUAGUUCCAACAAGGACAGCCCGGUCAGACAAACCUAUUGUUUUAAAAGCCCAGAGGAAAGUCCUGCAACCACCACCAGGCACGGAGAAGUCCACGAUUAUCGGCCGCUAACCCGAGGCUCUUUAGGAAAGGAUUUCCCGAGUGCAAAGAAACGCUCGUGGAUAGACGUAGAAAAGGAACUGGAACCUGAGCUUGAAUCCGAAUAGUCCUGUCGUGCUGUAGCUAAAGAAAGCCAAUGGUUUGACCUCAGUUAGUCACAUAGCUGGAUGCUGCUCUUUUUUUUGUAUGUUGUCACAAAACUCAGAGGACUUUUUUUUACAUACUAUAGAGAGAAGUACACAGGUGCUUUGGUAUGAAGAAACGCAAGAGAAAGCAUUAUUUGACCUGCUGAAUGUAUGAACCAAAUGAAGGGUAACUCCCACAUUCAGUUUUGACAUUAUGUUUUCGAAGAUGAAUUUCCAUCAACUACAUUCCUCCUUGUCCGAAACAGGAUGUUGAGAUUUAAUCAAAUAAUGUGCUUUUGUUGAAGUCAUUUAUUACUGAUCUGUUUUAUGCAAAUAUAAAUAAGAAAACUCUGCAGAUUCUGUAAUUCCAAAACGUUAAACCAUUCAGUGUAUGUUUAAUAUUUGUCCUAAAUAGGAUCAGACAAGACACUGCUUCAUUAACUGUAAAAUGUAUGUGUUAACUUAUGUCUUUACAUUUUUUUAAAGAGCUAGUUGGAUGAAUAUAUCCCUUUUUUGAAAUUCCUGUUUUCCGUUAUGAACUGAGUGAAUAAUGUGUAGUAGCACUUUAUGUUGUUGGUAGAUACCACCAUGUCUUUGCUGUAGUGUUCUGUGUUUUUGGUAGUUCACUCACUAAUAUGCAGAUAAACCUGAUGAGUCACAAGCAAUCAAGAGAAAAGCUAUUAGCCAUAUAUUGUAUCUAUGAAAAUAACCUCUGUAAAUAUUGCCUCUUUUAAAAAAAAAAAAACAAUUACUUUAACUUUGUGGAAGAUUUUGAAACACUGGUUGUCCUGUUUAACUAAGAUUGGAAUUGUGGAAAAUAAUGUGGCCUUUAAAAUCAAUAAAAACGACAUGCAUUUAU